UUUGUUGUUUUUUAUUUCAAUUUGUCUGUUCUUAUACUAUUUCGUAUGUCUUGUUUUUGUAUAACUUUUUGUCAUGCCUUGUUCUUGUACCGUUCUGUCACGUCCUGUUUUUGUAACGUUUUGUUUUGUGUGUCCUUUUCACUUUUUCUUCAUAUCUUGUAAUAUAAUCCAGCCUUGUUUAUCUUUUACUUGGGAGAAUAUGUAAAAAAAAAUAUUUAACAAGGAUUUACAUUUAAUUUCUACAAGAAAGAUAUGACGACUUGUGUAUUAUACAUAUUUUGAACUUUUACAAGAAAGAUAUGAUUUGUAUAUUUUAUAUAUAUAUUGAACUUUGUAUUUUUGCAUUAAUUUGUCUUAUUUAUUGAAGGAAACCUUCAAUAACAAGCUUUGCUUUUCAGAAGGUUUCUAUUUCAUUUCAUAAUGUUAUAUUAUAUUUUGCUUUACUUUGUAACCUUGUUGAAAUUUUGGAAUGAAAUAAAUUCGUUAUCAAUCAAUCAAUCAAUCAAUAUAUCUCAUGUAGCCCAGUCCUUACAGGGUUUUCAACACGCCUGUAGCCUGUAGGAACGAUCAUGAUAAGAAGGUAAUAACGCCCUUCGCAAAAACAGAUGAUCAGAACUCUUUUUAUGUAAGAACUACCAAAGAUUGGAACAUGCUUUCUCGUAAUGUAAUAAAUAGCCAAUCUAACUCUACUUUCAAAGACUUACUCAAGGCCCACCUUCUCUCAUAAUUUAUAUCAUAAAAAUAAAUGAUUUGACAACCUUUCAUAUCCCCAAUAAUGCCUCACAAUUAAUUGAUAAGAAUUUGGUCAUAUUAUGUACAAUUUUGUCUCAUACCAUACUCUGAAAGAUUUAUCAUUAAUUCAUUUUUUGGUCACCAUUAUCUUAUGUCUGUUCUAUCAUUUUGUUCUCAUAUCACUUUUUCACUAUUUUUAGUUGUUACAUACAUCUAUAAAUCUAGUCUAUGUUCUUUCUAUGGUAAUUCACAUUGUUUUAUUUUUCGAUUGUUAAACUCGUGUUUUUAUCUUGAUGCUACUUCAUUAUAAUUAUAUUUUGGGGAUUCAAACCUGUACAUGUUUUAAACAUUUUUUAAAUCCCUUGGCAUGUUUUACUUUGCUUGUUUUACUUGUCUAGAUAAAUACAUAUUUAUCUCCCUUUCCUCCCUUUUUGCAUUUGUUUUUGUUUGCCAGCCGAUGGGGUGGGGGCACGUUCCCCGCCCCCCCCCCCCCGUAGUUACGCCAAUUCUAGCAAUCAUUAAUGUAUUUAUGUUGUGUUUGUCAUUCCAAUAAACACUUUCAAUACAAAAAAAGUUGACCAACAAGAUCAUUUUUCUUCCAGUUGUUAAGGUCAACAACUGAAAAGUGAACUCACCAUUGAGUGUUAUUCCCCAGUCAUACCAAUGAAACCGACUUCAGAUCGAUCAAAUCUAUUAUGUUAUUUCCAAUGACAUAACAUCGGUCGGUCUUGAGUUGAUUUUAUCACUAUGACUGUGGCAUUACAACUCUAUUUUAAAACAAUAAUACGUACGUGUAUGUAGAUUGAAUCAAUAAAUUUUGAAACAUGAAUACCGGAUUCUAAACUUGGCCCAAUUUCGGGUUGAUUCGCCCGCGAGAAUUAAUGAUAUUUUUGCAGGUAUUUAACAAGUGAUCAGUUCGUUCGAUUGCAUAGAAUGAUGAACGAUAGAUGAACGAAAACUCUAACAGUGCAAGAGUAGAGUUUUCGUAACCUGUUGAAUCCUGAAUGCUUUAAUUCCCAUUGGAUUUGUAAAUUUAUCACCUGCCUGGUUCCUGUUGCCAAUGGGUUGAAAUUGUUGAAAAUUAUUUGAAAAUAUAGUUGCGUUUAGUGACACUGAGUUGCCGUAUUUUCAAGUUAUAAUUUUCAAGGAGUUAUUGAAAAGGUAUCACAAUAAAGGAUGUGGAGAUAACGUUUAAAGCACUUAAACACGAGUAAAAUCAGGGUUGAGUCCUAUAUGUGCAUUACAUGCGUAUAACAAGAUAACAUGAUUAAUGGAAAAAUAUAACCUGUGGGCUUUUGUUCCCCAUAAUUUUGUUUUGUUAAUAGUAUCUUCAUUGUAUAAAAGAAACACACCCUCGCUUGAGUGCAGUAGUAUACGUGGUUGAAAGUAGGAGGUACGGUUUUUAGGACAUUAUCGUGAUAAAGGAAAGGAAUAUGCGGGUAGGUACUGUUUUUUUUCCAUCGACUGAUUUGACAUCAUUAUUUUGUUAACAGUCAACUACUCCACCGGCUGCUUUAUGAGCUCUAUCCUAGUAAUCUAACUUCACCAUUAGAGUUUUUAACAAAUGAGAUCUCUUUCCAUAUAUCUGGCUUUUAUCUGCAAUAAAACGUGACUCUCUGAGGACACAUACUGCUUCCGUCGCUCACGAGAUGGACGAAUUUACGUGAUAAUGAUGGUGGAUUCGCUAAUUAUUGAAGUUAUUAACGUGAAUCUCGCUCAUGUCUAAAUUUCCUUAUCAGUGCCAACCCCGCAUCAUCAUCGAUUGCAUACAAAGAGCUCAAUUAACACGAGGCGUGAUUGUAUACACGUAGGCGUAAGCCCGAUUCCACAGAGGUCUCGAUAACAGUUCUAGCGGCUCAAAAGACCAGGGAAACGGUAAUAACCUGAUGAAUCGUCACAAUCUUGAUUUUUCUCGCAAUAAUGACAUCCACCUUUCGAUUUUGCACCAUGUGUGGAGACGACGACGACGUCGGAGGAAUUCCAACGUUUGGUAGUAAAGGUGAAACGGAAGAUGACCCAAUGAACCCCUUAGUCGUGUCCAUCAUCGAAGCACUCUUCGUACUCUUGAUCGCUGUACUUGCAGUCUUCGGUAAUGUAAUGAACAUCGUGGUAAUCGGUGGAUCAAAAUCACUCAAGAACUGUCAGGGAUAUUUUCUUUUGUCACUCGCCAUUGCCGAUUUGGGGAUGGGAAUCGUUGCUACGAUAGGCAUAGCUCCAGCCACCAUGCAUCGAUGGCCCUAUGGUGACUUCAUGUGUCAAUUUUCUUCCUAUGUAACAGAGGUGUGUACCAGGGUAUCGCUCAUAAUGAUUAUUGGCCUUAGUAUUGAACGGUACAUUGCUGUGAUCCAUCCUUUUCAGUACAACCGCAUCGUCACCAAAAACCGAGUUCUCUUUACUAUCAUAAUUACCUGGCUCUUAUGCUUGGCAUUUUUUCUUGUCCUCUUUACGGAGGUUGGACUGGGAUACGAAUUCGAUCUGGACAAACUUGCCUGUUCCGCAGCAUAUGAAGACACAAUGGAAUACUACAUCGCCGCUUUGGCGAUUCUCCUAGUACCAAGUUUCGCGGUGAUUACUUUCACUUCGAUAAGUGUCCAUGUACGAGUUCUUCAAAGUUCCAAAAGGCGCCAAAUACUCUUCGGAAGGUCGACUUCUGCAAGCCCGGGGAAUGGUGAACGAUUCCCCAUGCAUUUCCGAAGGAACAUGAAAGCUUUUAAAAUGCUUGUGAUAAUAGCAGGAGUAUAUUAUAUCACAUGGUUACCCUACACAAUCAUAGCAAGUCUCGUCCUUGCCACAGUAUGCCACAAAACUCUACCAAGCCUGGUUGAAUUCCUCGCCUUUUGGCUCACAGUUUCAAAUAGCGGUUUUAAUGUAUUUGUGUACUUUGCCAUGAACAGAAAGUUCCGCAACAAGGCCAAAGAUAUCUUUCAAAGGCUACGAGCUACAUUCCUUUUCUGUUGCUGCAGACACUUCUACGAAGUUUUCGAGGUGAUUCGGAGGAAUAGGGAGUAUCCAAACUCGUCUUUUCAAGGUUCAGUGGACCGUAGGUUUUACUUAGGUAUUAGGAACUCCAAAGGCGAAGUAGUGCCAACCACUCUUCGCAUCAAGUCGGGUAGCUUCAGUGAUGCCACAAUGAACGCUAUAGGUGUGAUCCCGACAGAUCAGCACAUCUUCAGUUUAAGAUCACUGAAGAAGAUGAGAAGUGAACCGAUGAGGAAAAAGUCAGUCGCCAUGCCGACAAUGUCCCUGAAAAUGGAAAUGAGGAGAGAAGGAGGUCAACCGAAAUUCUUCGCUACCGAAGUAGAAGAGACUUAACAAGAAAUUUGACAUUAUCUUUUAAAUGCAACAGCAUGGUCGAUUAUUAAACUUUUGUCUGUGUUCUUUACACCUAAUAGACAAAAGUUAGAGAUAUUUUUCUGUAACAAUUAAGUCUCGGCAAGUGAAUUUUCGUGAAUCUAAUUAAGCAACGUAAAUGUUUUAAUAUAUGUAUAAAAUAUAAAGCCGUGGUCUUCAAUAGUGAGUAAAAAAUUAACCCUCAUAAACCUGAAAAACAAACGAUAUGCAUAAUGAUGCAUACACGCUAAGGAAUAGCUUUUACAAUAUUACCGCUAUACGUAUAAUGGGCUCACAUAAUGAACCAAUAAGUUUAUUGAUAAGUGAUAACCAACUUUAAUUAAAAAUUAGAUAUAAGAAUCGCUAUUACAUGCUGGAUCAUGUGUUCUUUCAAAUAUAAUAUUGUAGAAAAUAGUUAUUAAAGCGACAUUAGAAAAAGGUCUGAAGGUAUCUAAAAACACUUGUGUGUUUAAAUUAUAUCGUUAACUGUUCCACAAGGCAAUGAAUUAGAGAUUCCUAUAUCAAUUUGUCGAUUGUGUGAUUGCUUUAUAUUGUUACAUUUCGAAACAUUCACCAUUCAUUUUGUUUCAAAUUAUUUUGUUUUACCAUGUAAAUUCAGACCUUUCUCUUCAUUGAUUAUCCCUGGUCUAAAAAACUGUUGGUAUACUUUAAUCGUUUCUUUAUCAUGAAUAUUUAACUCUUACACUGAUUUUCGAAAAAAGGGUGGUUUUGAAAGACUGGUCAAUGGUCAAUCGCGGGCUCAAACGUAUUUAGGGUAUGUUUUUUCAAAAGCUUUUUUUUUAAGACUAGCCAAUUGUGUUUAGGGUAUGUUUUUCCCCGGGGCUUUUUAAAUUAUUACCUGAUGAAUUUUGGAUGACAAUUAUAGUUAUUUGCAAUGUUAACAUUGGUACUUUAACCCUAAAUGCAUGCAAUACCCAUCAAUAUAGUUUUGUCUAUUCAAGCUUAUUGUUAGCAAUUAGACAAAACUUGUUUAGGGGUCAUAUUCUGGCGACAACUUGUUUAGGGGCCAAAAUGUGCAAGCCCGCGAAAAACUUGUUUAAGGGGUUAUUUUGCACACACAAAAAAACUCGUGUAUAGGGGGUGUUUGGAAAUGAAUUGGUCACGCAUUUGUACAGCAAUACAUUUGACUGCCCGCGGGCUAUUUUUUUAAUGUAAGUCUAUUAUACUAUUACCUCAAACUUACCAAUUUGAAUACGACGAGAAAAAUUACAAGAAUCACUUUAAUCAAAUAAUUUAGAUCAAAUGAGUUUUUUUUUCUAAUAAUAUAUGUGUCUUCUUAAUAUCGUAAGAGCUUUUGGAGCCAGUUCUCAAAAAUUCUUAACCUUGAUAAUGGGAUUGCAAUGAUUCUUAUAUGAUUCAUUAUCCUAACAAAAAAUUGGGAGUGUUUUAAAAUAUUAUUCUAGAAUGUUCAUUUUGGGGGGUCGCUUUUAUUCCAUUUUGAUAUGCAGACGGUAUUGUGUCACAAACA